UGUCCCCCUGGAACCUGAUGAAAGCGGACCGAAAUACAACUUCGAGACGCCGCGCUUGAACGACGACUCCAUCGUCAUCAGCGCCAUGGACCAGCCAGGACCCCGUACAACGACCUGAGGAAAGCAUGCGCUCUCUCGGAAACUGGGCGAAACGGAUCGCGCCGGUGCUAGCGGUGCUAGUGUUGCUGGGGCUCCACGCAGGCAGCGCCCAUGCCUCACGAUCGGCACCCGGAGCAACGACAGCGGCCUCGGCACCGGCACCGGCCGUGACCGAGGUGUGCGAGUCGCGAACCAUCAACUACAUCACCCACACGCUGCCGCAGCAGUGUCUGCGCACGUCAUGGACGAGUCCCACCCCUGCUGCCACCGAGACCGACAACAGCACCGUGCACCCGACUAUCACGACCGUUGCGCCAUCCGACCUCAGCGACAGCCCCGCCAGCGCCCAAGACAAUGGCACUGCAGCGCAGGAACAGGACGCCCAGGAGGAGCUGAGCGCCAGCUCCUUCAUGUCGUUCGAGGAAUGGAAGGAAAUGAUGCUGCGGAAGUCAGGACAGGACCCCGCCAGCAUCAAGGCCCACAAGCAGCGCGAACACCGGGAGCGCGACCCCGGCGCCGGCACUGGCGACUCUGACAGCUUUGGGGAGGAAGGGGAAAUCUCGCUCGACUUCGAUGCGCUUGCCGCGAAAGUCUCCGAGAUCACGUCGCCCUCGCCGGGCGCGACUGUUCCCGACACCGGCAAGGACGUGAAAGAGGAGCAGAUCCUCUACGAUGACGGCAAGACUCAGUACUACCGGUCUAAGGACGCCGGCAAGACCUGCAAGGAACGCUUUUCCUACGCCUCCUUCGACGCUGGCGCCACUGUCCUCAAGACCAGCCCGGGCGCCAAGAAUGCGAAGGCUGUCCUGGUCGAGAACAAGGACUCGUACAUGCUGAUGGAGUGCCGCACCAAGAACAAGUUCAUCAUUGUUGAGCUGAGCGACGAUAUUCUCGUCGACACCGUCGUACUGGCCAACUUUGAGUUCUUCUCCAGCAUGAUCCGCAAGUUCAGGGUCAGCGUGAGCGACCGGUACCCCGUCAAGAUGGACAAGUGGGUGGACUUGGGCACCUUCGAGGCCCGCAACUCGCGAGACAUUCAGGCCUUCCUGAUCGAGCACCCUCAAAUCUAUACCAAAUACAUCCGGAUUGAGUUUCUGAGCCACUGGGGCAACGAGUUUUACUGUCCCGUGUCAUUGCUCCGCGUCCACGGAACCCGCAUGCUGGAUACGUGGAAGGAGCCCAGCCAUGACGACGAGCCCGAUCAUAUCGAGGGGUCAGGAGAGGAGCAGGUCACCGAGGUUCACAACGUGCAGGGCACUACGGCCGGUAAUGAUGAUCCAUCUGCUGUCGAACAGGAGGAGAGCAUUCCCCAGGCCACCAUUGAAACGGGCCUCACCCCGUGGCGCCCCAUCUUUUUCAGUAACUUCUCGCUCGAAAUGUGCGAAUUGCGGUCACCGACGACACCCGAACACGUCAAGUCUGACUCGAAUAAGCCAGCCAACAAGUCUGUCGGGGCCCCUGACUCGGUGACUCCGCGCCCGUCACCGGUUCAAAAUGCCGACGAGGCGUCCCAACCCAGCAGCAUUUCCGCUUCCGAGCCUGCCUCUUCCCACACGCCUGUUGCCUCUCCAGGACAGGCAACAAGCGUCCCCCCUUCUGCUGUCGCUUCGCCACCACAAACUGGCAAUAACAGCACGGCAAACGGCUCAAGCCAAAAACAGGCCGACGGUCGUGUAGAUACCGCGGAUUCCUCGGCCUCUGCCACUACGACCACCUCUCGCAAUAAGACGAGCUCAGUCUCUAGUUCUCCGUCGGCCUCGCCCACCGUCCAAGAGUCCUUCUUCAAGACCGUAACCAAGCGCCUCCAGCUCCUGGAAUCCAACACCUCACUCUCUCUCCAAUACAUCGAAGAGCAGUCCCGCUUCCUGCAAGACGUGCUCCUCAAGAUGGAGCGCAAGCAGAUCACGCGUGUCGACGCCUUCCUCGACACCCUGAACAAGACGGUCUUGUCCGAGCUGCGUAACGUGCGUACGCAGUAUGACCAGAUCUGGCAAAGCACUGUCAUCGCCCUUGAGACACAGCGCGAGCAGUCCGAGCGCGAGAUUGUCGCCCUCACCUCGCGCCUCAACAUCCUUGCCGACGAGGUCGUCUUCCAGAAGCGCAUGGCCAUCAUCCAGAGCGUCAUGCUCCUGUGCUGCCUGGUGCUCGUCAUCUUCGCUCGCGGCGGCCUGUCCUCCGCAGUCGACAGCACCUCCUUUUCCGCCUUUCCGCAAAGCACAACGCCCUACCGCCGCCACGGCUCGAGCUACGACUACGGCUACUCCUCGGAGAGCAUGGCCGGUUCGCCUUCACCCAGACCCGGCUCAUCGCCCCCCAGCCGUUACGCAGCAGCAGGCAGCGACGCCUCCGCCUCACUCGCCGCGUCCGCCCUGCCCCGCCGCCUGUACACGACCUCAUACAGGGACAAGACGUUGCCCCUGACCCCGCCGUCAGAAUACAGCCGCGAAAGCACGCCCGUCACGCGCCUCCACACCAGCCCCGAGCCACGGCCCCCAACCUCCUCCUACGACCAAGACCCAGACCGAGUUGCCAGCGAAGAGGCAGGCCAACCGCUGCGGCAUGCCGAUCCCACACCAUCACCAUCGCCGGGCCCAGAAUCGAACGGUGCUCCCGCUCAAGCAAAUGCAGCAGAUGCAGCCGCAGCCGCAAGCGCGAGCACCAAAGUCCCGUCCACCCUUUCCGGGACCGCGCCCCAGCCAUCCCGACAACCAGCACCGACGGCAGCCCCUCUCAGAGAGGCAGAGCGCGAACACGACCACCCCCAACCACAACCGCAACCACAGCCAGGUCGGCACCACCAACAAAAACAACACCGACAAAACAAACCAGAUGAGGAGCAAGACGAGGCGUCAGCAGCGCAAGGACAGGAAAGCAAUGACCAUGACGAUGACAAUGACGAUACCAAUACCCCCCCGCGGCCGGUCCGUUCCCACUCGACAACAUCGCACCUCGUCAGCAGCAGCAGCAGCGGUGGUGGCAGCAGCGGCGGUCUCAGGAAGCCGCUGCCCGCGCUGCCCGAAGAUGCGAGUCCCAACGACGACAUCUGGCAACUCGUCCAACCAACUUAGCGUAAUGCACGCUCGGCUUACCUGCUCAUUCAAUAAUGACGAUGGGUGGUAGGGAGUUCCGUUAGCUCACUUUACGUAGCCAGCAUAAUGUACAGAAAGGAAACAAUGUAAUCAAUUCCCGAAUCGCAUGCUGGAGUCAGUUUGUGUGAACUGGAUUGUUGUUGGCUUUCGAUGGCCCGAGCAGCGACAUGUUCUCGUUGCCUUACAUCCCGUUGCAUCAUCACGUAGACAACAUCAAAUGCAGGAACACGGGACCGGAAAACAUGAAAAAGCAACACGAA